CACAUUUUCACGGACACCACGAGCGUAGCAUCUACAAUAGCCAAACCGCGCCAACAAGAGCCAGCAGGAGAGUUCGAUCGGUCUGUAUGGUAGUGUACACGGCACGGUCUCGAACGAAUCGAGUUCACUUUAGCUUCAGUCGGCGGUUGACAUUCGAGCGGAUGAGUUUGGGUUGGAGUUUCCCGGCAGCUUUUUCUUCCAAAGUGUCUGCACCAGCUUAAGUGGUGAAAAGUGAAAAAUCGGUACCAAACCUUAGAGCUAGGAAAAAUUGUUCUAUCCGAAUCGGGUUGAGUAGAGUGUACCUUGAAAGAUCGACUGUUUUGGAGUGGGUGGCAAAAUCGGAGCUUCAUAUUGGUUCAAAGAGCCGGGUUUUCGAGUUACUAGCCGAAGGCAGCACUGAACGAUGAGCAACAAUGGCCCAGGGGUUACGAACCCCAUGUUGUAUGAUCCCCCGGAGGGUCAGGCGUCCAAUAGUAAGCUGAUGCAGUUUGUGGCCGGAGUAGGAGUUUCGAUAGCGGCCAUCAGUGCGGGUACUGCUCUUGGCUGGACCUCUCCAGUUCUACCACAGCUAGCGCUAAGCAAUUCGUCGGUAGCGGGCGGCGAUGGCAACGACACCUCUGAUGAUUCGAGUUUUUAUCUGACAUCGGAUCAAGGAUCAUGGGUUGGCUCUUUUUUGGCGGUAGGUGCCUUUUUUGGUGCACUUCCGACUGGCUUUCUGGCAGAGAAAAUUGGCCGCAAGUACACCACUAUGUCACUAGCACUACCAUACCUGGUCAGUUGGGCCCUCAUAAUUUUUGCCACAAGUGCAGAAAUGUUAUACGCGGGAAGAUUCCUCAUCGGUAUUGCGACUGGUGCUAGCUGCGUGGUUGCUCCUAUGUUCAUCUCGGAAAUUGCCGAAACGUCCAUCCGCGGAGCUUUGGGUGCCUUCUUUCAGCUGUUUCUCACCGUUGGCAUUCUUUUCGUGUACGCCAUCGGUCCGUACGUAUCAUGGACUACGUUGAGCAUUUUGUGCGCUAUUUUCCCAGUACUAUUGAUUGUCGCCAUGCUUAUCGUGCCAGAGAGCCCUACAUAUCUUGUGAAACAGGGUCGGCGUAGCGACGCCGCUGUUGCACUCAAGUGGUUCUGGGGACCGAACUGCAAUACUCAAAAUGCGGUUGAAGCAAUACAGUCCGAUUUAGAUGACGUGAAGGGCGAGGCGAAAGUGUCGGAUUUAUUCACGAAAGUUACCAAUCGGAAUGCACUGUUCAUUGCAUUGUUACUAAUGUUUUUCCAGCAGUUUUCUGGCAUUAAUGCGGUCAUCUUUUACACUGUGCCAAUCUUCCAAUCUGCUGGGAGGACGAUGGAUCCAGCAAUUUGCGGCAUUGUAGUCGGAGUUGUCCAGGUAUUAAUGACAUUUGUCUCCUCGGUCCUGAUUGAUAAGGCUGGCCGUCGAAUUCUUUUGCUGCAAAGCAGCUUCAUCAUGGGCUCCUGCUUGAUUGUUCUUGGGGUAUACUUUAAACUGCAGAAUGAUAAAGCGGACGUAUCCGGAAUCGGAUGGCUUCCAUUGGCAUCGGUUGUGCUGUUCAUAGUCAGUUUUUCGCUCGGAUUCGGACCAAUUCCGUGGAUGAUGAUGGGUGAACUGUGUGCUCCGGAUGUAAAAGGACUUGCUUCGGCACUAACAGUAAUGUUCAAUUGGUCUCUGGUUUUCUUGGUUACUAAGACUUUCGGUACGAUGCAGGAGUAUUUGGGAUCAGAUUGGACAUUCUGGUUCUUUGGUUUUUGGAUGAUGGUUUGCACAUUAUACGUCUUCAUUAAAGUACCCGAAACCAAGGGCAAAACAAAUGCGGAAAUUCAAGCCAUUUUGAGCGGUAAGAACUAAAGCGCUAAAUGCAGAGCAGAGACUGGUAAUUGAACAUACACAAGCCAAUAGGGAUUUUACAUUGAGAGCGCUUUAUUUGUAAUGUAAGUGUUUAGUUUAGAGGUUAAAAAAAAAACAAUUUUGUACAUACUUAAAUUUUACGUUUAUAAGUGGCAAGUCAAUUCGGAUACAAUUAGCAGCAUCUUCCGCAGUGAAGGGCAAGAAUCGCUAAAUUUAUUUAUUGUUUUUUUAAUUUUUCGUUGUCGUUUGACGCAUGUGAAUUUUAAGGCCAAACACAAUAUUUGUGCUUGUUUUGUGUCUUUAGUGUUACGUGCAUGUAAUCAUCGGCUUGAUGAUGUGGCGUAUUUCCGCGAAUACUUUCAAAAGCAAAAGCGAAUAAUCCUGUACAACUAAUCAGUCCAGUUGAAAAGCAAAAUUAUUUCUAAUCGUUAUGUUUAGAGUUUACAAAUUUUAGGCAGAUUCAAAAUUAUAUAAUUCAAAUGCAAGUUAUACUACACUGGUAGCUAGCUUAAUGGGAAACAGUACAAUUAUAUUAGAAAAUCCACAAAACAGAGCAGCUUACUAAAUUAGUGUGAAAUUGUUCUACAAAGAUCCUUCCACAGAUUGGUCAUAUCAAUAACAACAUACACAGCCACAGUACCAAACUAAAAACAAUCAUUAUGUCUGUACUCAAGAAAUGAAAAAUACCUCCAAAAUAAAAAUCGAGAUUUUAUGUUCCGGAUCAUGCCUUCUGUUUAUCAGAUCGCAACGGUUUUCAACUUCUAACAUACCUUUAAUUAAGUGCCAUAUCACAACGAGUUAAAAGGGAUAUAGUUUCCUACAACAGAUAUCGUUCAGACAGGCUAUUUAUUACAGUAUACAGCUUCAAUUGAGUCAUUAACGAAAUUAGAAAAACAUAAGCUUGUUUGGUGCCGGUUUGAGAGGAAACAAUACGUACAUACGAUAUUGGAAUUUACUGAUAAUUGAUGGUAGAGUGGCGUCAAAAGUGUUAGGUGCGGCUCAAGUUUUCUACGAACGGAGAGAAAAUUAUCCGCAGAGAUGUGUCAGAUGAAAUUUCAGAAGAGUAAAAUUCAUUAUAUAUUGGCUCUGUUAUUGUAAGAGAAAGAAAAUAAAUAUAGGUGUGCGUGCUCCAUUACUUAUGCGUUUAACAUUUAUAGGCAGUUUAAAGUUCGCGCUUACUAGGGGACGAAUCUGAAAGUUUACUUCUGGUUAGUUCGGUGUACGCAAUUAACGUCGUUAAUAACUGAAGGUUCAAGAUUGAUUCCUUGUUCACUCGAAUACGAAUUUAAAAUUUCAGUUCCUAAAACAAGCAAUUGAAUUUAAAAGAUUCGUCUCCAUCCGAACUUUUUGCUGCUCCGAAAACUGAUUGAACAUCUCAAAAGUAUCGAUUCGAAAUGUUGGAGCGCAUAAAAACUUAGAACCCAAAAAAUUGACAUUCUAACUGAGAACUGUAGGUACGUGAAGGGCAUACGAGAAGAAAACAUUGUUAUUUAGAUUUGUUAUUGGAUAUACACUACACACAUAUACCCGCCAUAUGUACUAUGUAGAGUAAGAUAUUUGCAGGUCAGUGGACCGUGGAAAGUAAAACAGAAAUCAUUGACGUGAAAUAAAUGAUCAUGGAAGAUAAAGACUAA